AUGGAUGAGGCACCGGGUCCGCUGCCUACCAAUGCGGCCAUGACCCUGUCCGCUGCCUCGCAUGCGCAUCACCUCACGAGUCACUUCUCUUCCGUCGAGACCAUUUCGCGCACCAACUCACCAGGCCCUCCCUAUGCCAAGGCGGAUGAGGAUGACACGAAGCGAUAUCGCCCCCGCACUUUCAGCUACUUCGACCACCUGCCGUUUCCCGUCGAGGAGGAGGGCGAGAGGGACGUUGCGCUGGCGGGUAUUCUGAAAGAGCUGUACAUCGCCAUCAAGGCGGAGGACUUCUCUCCCGGCGCUCUUCACUGGACGCGUGAGCUACAGGGAUGGCUGAACCUCAAGUUUGAGAUGACGAGAGAGCUUCGCGCCACUCUGGCCAAGCUGUACUACCACCUGUGUCUGGCUCCAGGUCUUGACCCCACCGCUGCCGACCGGUUCCUCAAGAUGGUGGUGAUUCUUACUAGGAAAUUCCACUACCUAAAGCCCGUCGACGAUCUCAUUCUCGACUGGAGGCCGUUAUGGCGCGAAGUCAAGGCUCUCGUUCUGCCGAGCGAGGUUCCAGCCCAUCAGAGCAGCCGACGGAAAUCGCAUAAGCAGCUCUGGAAGCUGUGUCUGCAUGCGCAAACAUACUUCGACCCGAAAGACAGACGUGAAAUGCUCGAGGAGUUCUUGCCCUUUUUCAGCACGUCCGAUCUGUCUGAUGCCUAUAUCGUCAUGGGCAUGGUCAAUGCCCUCCUUCCAACCACGGCCGCUCCCGAGUCCGAAACUUGUGCUCUGCCACAAGACUUCAUGCCGACCGUCUUCCACCUGUGGUCCCUCGUCGCGCGAUCUAAAACAUUCGACGUUCACCUCAUCGAUCUGUCGUCUCGCAUCGCCAGGGAUAUGCUUCAGACCAAGCAUGUGCCCUUCGGCGCGCACGGCAUCUUCACUAGGGAGCAAUCCGAUGUCUUGUUCACGGCCGUCCUGCGGCUGACGGAUAUUCCGGUGGGCCAGGCCAAUUCGCCCUAUACCUCUCUCGACUACCAGGCUGGCCUGGGCAUGUACUUGGAGAAGGAUAAGAAGAAGUACCCAACCGCAUACUUGAUAGCCAGGUUUCUGAUCUAUUCACUAUCGCCCAAGUGCCUAGAGGAGGAGAGUUCUAUUAUCAGCAGUCUGGAGGGUUUGCUCGAGGCUGUGGAUACCUUUUACCACCCCUCCAACGCGGGUUCCUGGACGACUUUCCUGGGCCAGUUCACUCUAUAUUUGACCGACAUUUUCGUGUCGAGGUGGAACCGCGAACAGAGCGAAGAGCUCGACAUUCCCGCAGAUCGCAAGAUCAGUCCUGCGUUGAAACGCCGCUUCGUCCUGGCUCUUCGAGAGGUGACCUUCAUGGGCCUGUUUUCCAAGAGCAGUCGGGUAGCCCACUAUUAUUACGCCGCUUUGCAGGGACUUUCGUAUCUCGAGCCUGGUUUGAUGCUGCCUGGAGCGCUACAACGGUUCUACCCCAGCUUGCAAGGUCUUGUGGAAGUUCACCGCACAACGUCCAGUCUCAACAGUCUGCAGAUGAUUGCCAACACAAUGUCAAAGCAGAAGGGCUUCCGCUGCCACAUCACGGCCCUCCUGGCGCUCUCGUUGCCGGGCAUCGACGCGAACGAUCUCGGAAAGACGCAGCACACUCUAAACUUCAUCCAGAGCGUAGCGUACAGCAUUCCCAUGGUGCCCCUUGUGAAGAAGGGCAGCGAGAUACAUGAUACCAGGCUGGCAGAGGAGUGGGUGCAAGGUGAGAUGGAGCGCAUGGAGCGGGAAGGCCAGCAUAUUGAAAUUGACUAUGCGACUGAGCUUUCUGAUGAGGUUGAAGCCGCAAUCUUGAGGUCGUCCACGCUCGGCAUGGGCGAGUUCGUGCUUGCGCUUUUGGGCAAGGUCUUUACGCUGCUAGAGAACCUGCCCGACGCUUCCCACCUGCGUGGUACCACACCAGAGGACAACGUCAUCAACGCCUUGCCUGCUGCUCUGUCUCCGCUCUUCGCCUCUCUUUCGCCAGAGUUGUUCGACCUUGCGCUGGAGAAGCUCUCGUCUUUCGUGUCGACGCAUGUUGUUCACCAGGCACGAGAUGCAAUGGCCUGGAUCUUGAAUGCUCUGUGCAAAGUCAACCCGGAAAAGACACUGAAGGUGUUCAUUCCCAUGCUCAUCGCCAACAUCCGCAACGAGAUCGACUACAACCACGCUGCCUCGGACCGGAGCAGUGGCACAGACUAUCUGCCACGUGAUCGUGCUCUCGUCUGGCACGUGAGCAUGCUAGGUAUGGUUGUUGUCCAUGUUGGCGGCGAAGUCGUCAAGUACAAGCAGGAGUUGUACUCAAUUGCGCAAUACAUGCAGGAAAAGUGUCGCGGACUUCCCACCAUCCACAUUUCGAACUACAUCCACCACCUGCUACUUAACCUUACACACACCUACCCCCUCGAUAAUGCGCUAUACGAACCCAGCGUGCUCAAGCGGGGACUUGACGUUGACGACUGGGGCAAGACUACCAAGCCCGCAGAUCUAUCGAUCCAGUGGCACCGGCCGUCUCCCCAGGAGAUCGAGUUUGCUGUAGAACUUUUUGAUGCCCAGACCAAAGGUGCCGCGGAGAAGCUCGAUUUACUCAUGAGCGAUAACUCCCCUGUGCCGAGGAAAGGCAAGAACAAGGAAUGGUCCGACGAAGUGUCGAGACUACUAUCUCAGAUCCGACUCGUGAUCUCCGGCAUGGCCACACUCUUUGAUCCCAAACGCGCCUCCGGAGGCCCGAAUGGGGCGGUGGGCUCAUCUACCGGAGCGGACAUUGAAGACGAUGUUCCCAUGGAGGAUGACAGUGACGAUCCUCUUGCGGAAGCUGCCGAAGAUGAGGAGACUCGACCUCAGUACCGCUACCAGGCCGGAUACCUUCUGUCGUCUGACGACCCUGCCUAUCGGAAAAUUCACGACCUGAGGGAAGAUCUCGGGCGCCUUCUGUCCAGAACACAUCACUUCCUGAACACAAGUGUGGAAGAUGACGUGCCUUGUUUUACCGCUCUAUAUGCUGCGUACCGUACCUGGAUCACUGAUGUCGGUAUCGAGCGCUCAGCCCACCCCCUCGAGAGGCACCUCCGCCUCUACAAGUCGGACAUUGCGGCCUUCAAGAUUAGUGGACUUCGAAAGAUUUACCCCCGACCUCUGCUCAUCAAACGAGCCGAUGCCUACCAGCUCCUGCGAGUGAAACACAACGCCUCGGCAAGGCAAAAGAGUGAAUUGGACAAGCGUCUGCUGCUGGAUCUGGCCGAGUCUUGCACGUCGCUGUAUGCCGACGUUCGACGAGUGGCGCAGAGCUCGCUCGAGUCUUCCCUCAAGGCCCUGAUUGGCGGUCGCCCCAUGGUCAUUCCAAUCAUCAUGGAGAAGCUUCGCACAUCCAUCGAAGCUGUGGACCACGACCGUAUCAAGGGCGCUCUAUAUACUCUCUUCUUCACGAGCUUACUGAAAACACUUGUGAAGGAUUGGCGCUUCGCUCCUGACGCAUUGCGCCUGUACAUGAAAGCCGGCAAUAUCGACAAGCCGAGCAUUCAGAACCUGGUGGCCGGGGCUGUUUACCAAAUGUUUGACUUUGGCAAGCCCUUCGAGCGCAUGAUCAUUGUGAACAGCGAGCUUGUCGACCACAUCAAACCUCCGUCUGAUUGCGCAACAGCAAUUGAUUCUCGCCACAACUUUAUCGUCAGCCGCCGGGCUCGCGUCGAGAAGAAGAAGGCUGCUCUUGGCCUGGAGCUCACAGAAUGGUCAAAGGGGGCGCACUGGAAGAUUGCCGGCCGAUGUGUCAUCUUCGCCAUUAACCUUUCCCUGCGGUUUAACACACUAGCACCUGCCGAACUCAUCGACCUCAUCGCCAAGGGGGCAAACGAUACGCACCCGGGCCUCAGGAUGCACUACAUCUCGGCACUCACAACUCUGUUCGAAGCCAUCGACAUGCGCGCUGCAUACGACCACAAGUACGAGAACUACCUGCUGGAGAAAGAAAAGGACCGUAACAAGGUUAUCGUACCGGUUCCGCAAGGAGACGCCGAGUUCACGGAGAGGUUUCUGUCUUCGUUCUCGAAGCCUGAGACGCCAGAGUACAUGGUGAACACAGAUCAUCCAGGAUGGCUGGUUUGGGGCAAGAAAUUUGUUGCGUACCGAGCCAAGCCCAUGCCUUUCACGGCUUACGACGAUGUCGAGACUGCUGUGCGGCAGCAGAUUGGUGCAAUCGUCAACAAAGAAUGGAUGAGGACGUGUUUUGAGUACCUCAAACAAGAGCCUCGGGACACAAGCGCAGACCGCUUCCGAAUGACAAACGUCUUCAUGCUCAUGCACGUGUUCGAUUUGAUGCACUAUGGAGGCACCGCCGUUACGCUCGCAGACGUCGAAGAGCUCACCAAGGAGACUUAUGGUGACGGUAGUGAUAAGCACCAGCAUCGCGCCACCGCUGAAAUCCUGGGUGCUCUGUUGACAGGGUCCUCCGAUGACCCGCCUGAUUUCCGCCAGAAGGUCUGGGCCUUUGCAGCGCCGAUGCUGCUGAAGAUAAUCGGCGAAGAUCUGACGCCUGAGAAUCUCAUGUACUGGCUGACCUGCCUGCAUCUUAUCAUGGGCUCAAAGGACCCUAGAAGAUCUCAGGAGAUCAUCGAGCAUCUCGUCUCCUUCCGUCUCGACAUGACAUCCAACGCGGCGUUCAAAGAGGCGUCCAAGAUUCAGCUGCUUGAGUCAGCUGUUUCCGAUCUUGGCUGGCACUUCCGCCAUGAGAAGCCGAUUCUCGAAAACUUUCUCGCUCACCUCGAUCACCCUUACAAAACUGUGCGGGAAGCCAUGGGCCGCGUUAUCGCAAGCAUAUAUCGCACACGGUACCAUGAAUCGUACGAGACCGUUGAGAAACUCCUAGCGGCCAACAAGGAAGCGUCCUCGAUCGGCAUUCGUCCGUACCAGCCCACUGAGGACUUUACAGCUACGAUCCUGGAAGUCUUCGAGCGCAUCGAGAAGUGGCGACACGAGCGAACGCCGGGCCAAAACACCCCAUCCUCCUACACCGCUGGUUCAAAGACAGUACUCACGUGGCUCGACUCCGCGCUGUCGCAACAGGACUGCACCCAACUGGUUCAGUUCUUCCCGCAGCCCUUCAUGGAACAGCUGCUGCACAUGAUGGACGUAAAGGAAGAUCCCGAGCUUAUGAAGCUUGCGUAUCAUGUGUAUCGUCACCUGCCAAACAUCCCCUUCCGUGCUGGGGAGGACGAUAGCUUCAUCGAUGCAUUGAUUCGCAUUGGCAGGACGUCGCCCAGCUGGCAUCAACGCCUGCGUGCUCUCGUCAACAUGCAGGUCAUCUACUUCCGACGCUUGUUCCUUACCAACAAGGAUCAGAGAGGAAGGCUAUUUGAUGCCGUUAGCGACAUGUUGGCGGACCAGCAAUUGGAAGUGAGGACCUGCGCGUCAAACACGCUGGCUGGCUUGGUCCGCUGCUCGCCCCAGCGCAUUCGUGGUCCAACCAUCAAGCUGUUGAAGAGCCGCUUCGAGUCCCAGCUCCGGACAAACCCAAUGCCGAAGAAGAAGUUACCUGGCACCGAGACCCCGAUCGACUCGCACAAGCAGGUCACUCGUCGCCAUGCCGCUGUGCUUGGUCUCGGUGCCCUGGUUGAAGCAUUCCCGUACGCUACACCACCGCCCACGUGGAUGCCAGAGGUGCUGGCCACGCUUGCGAAUGGAGCAGCUAGCGACCCUGGCGUCGUGGGCAAGGCCACCAAGUCGAUCCUCUCGGACUUCAAGAAGACGAGGCAGGAUAGCUGGAGUGUAGACAAGAAGUACUUUACGGAAGAGCAACUAGAUGCCCUGGAGGGGGUUCUUUGGAAGAGUUACUUCGCAUAA